CAAACAGGAAGCGGAUGUUGUGGACGUUUUCAUCGGGACAUCCGGAGUAUCGCACUUGCUAGCUCGGCUAAACUACAGCUUACGGUUAAAAUAUUCUCUCCACACCCAAAGGACAGCGGAGACCGACCGAACAGGCCCGCGGCUCCACGAUGGACGUAGUUUUUGUUGAUUUGUGUUGUGUUGUCGGUCUGUCCGCGGACGCCAGCUCGGCUAGUUAGCACAGCUAGCUAACUGGCUGAUUACAAGUGCGGCUCUUGGCUGAUUAGGUGACGGAAGAAAACAAUUCAAAGGAGGAAAUCUUGAACUUUAUUUCUAAAAGACAAAGGGGAUACAACAGGAGCUGGAAUGACCCGGAGGCUAUAAGAGCUGUUAGCUGGACUUUUGGGUUUAAUCUGCUGUAGACUGUAGAUGAAGUAAACGACCCGAGGACCGGGCUCGUAAACAAAUAAGACAAGGGAAGAUAACACGGCGCUGCUCGCUUUGUUGGUUUGAACAACUAGUCUUAAAAGAUGACGCUGUGUCUUGAAUGCUGCUACGUUUUAAUUUCCCCGAUGACUGUCUAACAAUCGCUGACAAUACGGUCACUGUCAUUUUCAUACUCCGAUCGCUGGAUUCAUGUUCACUAAACGGGUUUGCUCAGUGACGUGAUGUUUGUGAUGUUGGUCUUUGGCAUGUCAACGUGUCACACAACGUGUCCCGUGUCGGCAUAGGUCCGGGUCAGAGUGUGGCAAAGUAAACAGGUGUGACCGAGCAACCUGCUGGGAGUAGGACUGGGAACAACCUUGCACUUCGAGAUAAGGUCAACAUCAGUGACACUGUAUUUUCUGGUCACUUUAAAUAACAUUCCUGCAAAGUUAUUUCAUAGCAAUUGCGUGUGUAAGUGCACAGAUUGUGCCACGGAGCUCCACUGAUGUAUACAAACACUCAUCGGUCACAGUCCUGUUGCAGGUGACUGCAGAGAGAGAGAGAGACACACAGAUGGAGAGUAAGUGGCGAGGUUUCUACUUGAGUAAAAAACUAGGAUUUAUUUCAGAUGCUGUAUAUUACUACUGAAGAUGAUGUAUAACUCAAAUGGGAGGCAGUAGGUUUACGUUUCUUUGUUGUCUUCGUUAUUUGGUGCUGUUUGGUUAGGGCCGUGGUAAUGACUAGAUAUUUGCUCAGUGACUGACUAACUGAGAGCCAAGCUGUUGUUGAGUGCUGUGGUCUUUCCCGUCCACCACGAUGGCGCCUGUACUGUUCCUCCUGAUGCUGAGUGGAGCGUUGUGCAGCCUCGGACAGGCCAUGUCCCGAGAGGAGAAGCUCAGGCUGAGGAACCAAGUGGUUGAGAUGUUUGACCAUGCAUAUCAGAAUUACAUGGACCACGCCUACCCAGCGGAUGAGCUGAUGCCUCUGACGUGUAGAGGAAGAGUACGAGGGCUUGAACCCAGUCGAGGUGACGUAGACGACGCUCUGGGAAAGUUCUCUCUGACCCUCAUAGAUACUCUGGAUACUCUGGUGCUUCUAAAUAAGACGACAGAGUUCGAGGUUGCAGUGAGGAGAGUCUUAAAAGAUGUGAGGCUGGAUAACGACAUUGUGGUGUCGGUUUUUGAAACCAACAUUCGAGUCCUCGGUGGUCUAUUAGGAGGACAUUCCAUGGCUGUGAUGCUGAAGGAGGGAGGUCAGCACAUGCAGUGGUACCAGGAUGAGCUCUUAUAUAUGGCCAAAGACAUUGGUCUCCGACUGCUGCCGGCGUUCAACACCAGCAGUGGCCUGCCUUACCCCCGGGUAAACUUGAGAUAUGGUGUCAGUGGUCCUGCGUCGAGAACGGGCACAGAAACGGACACUUGCACCGCGUGUGCAGGAACCAUCAUCCUGGAGUUUGCUGCCUUAAGUCGCUUCACUGGGGAUCCUGUGUUUGAGACCCAUGCCAGGAGAGCUAUGGACUUUCUGUGGGAGAAGAGACAGAGGAACAGCAAUCUGGUGGGAACCACCAUCAACAUCCAUUCUGGAGAGUGGGUCCGAAGAGACAGUGGAGUCGGAGCAGGAAUUGACUCAUACUAUGAAUACCUACUAAAGGCCUACAUCCUCCUGGGAGAUGACAUGUUUCUGGAGCGGUUCAAUAUCCACUAUGCAUCUAUAAUGAAGUACAUCAGCCAGCCUCCUCUGCUGCUGGACGUCCAUAUUCACAAACCUCUGCUUCCCGCUCGCACCUGGAUGGACUCUCUGCUCGCCUUCUUCCCUGGACUGCAGGUGUUGAAAGGAGACAUCCGUCCUGCUAUCGAGACCCACGAGAUGUUGUACCAAGUUACCAAGAAGCACAACUUCCUCCCCGAGGCCUUCACAACUGAUUUCAGGGUACACUGGGCCCAACAUCCCCUGAGGCCUGAGUUUGCAGAGAGCACCUAUUUUCUUUACAAGGCCACAGGCGACCCCUACUACCUGGAGGCAGGUCGCACCAUCCUGGACAACCUCAAUCGCUUCGCCCGUGUUCCCUGCGGCUUCGCUGCCAUGAAGGACGUGCGCACUGGAAGCCACGAGGACCGAAUGGACUCGUUCUUCCUCGCUGAGAUGUUCAAAUACCUGUUCCUCCUGUUUGCUGAAGUGGAGGACAUACCCUUUGACGUGGAGGACUACAUCUUUACAACCGAGGCCCACCUGCUUCCUCUGUCUCUCUCUGCAGCCCCUCACUCUUCCUCUGGCUCCUCAAACAGAACGUCACAGGAGGAGCUGGAUGAUUCUAACUUUGAUUGGACCUGCCCGAACACCCGCCUCUUGUUUCCUGACCCCGCCUACCCUCGUAACCUGAGAGAACCAAUCCGUACUGCUGUGGACAAGAGCUGCCCCCGUCCUGCUCCUUACCGGGAGCCCGGUAUGGGCCGUCCUCCCCUGAGGGCUCAGGACUUCAUGGCAAACAACCCUGAACACUUGGAGUUGCUGAGGCGCAUGGGCGUCAGUCUCAUCCACCUGAAAGAUGGCAGGGUUCAACUGGUCCAACACGCUACACAGGCAGUGAGCGCAGUAGCGGCAGAGGACGGCGUGCGCUUCAUGCAGGAAAUGAUGGAGCUGUCCAGCCAGCAGCAGAAAGAGCAGCUGCCUCCCAGAGCCAUUCAGAUCGUCUCACAUCCGUUCUCUGGCAGGGUCGUGCUGACCGCCGGCCCAGCGCAGUUUGGCACAGACCUGUCCAAAAGUUCCACAGGGGUGCGAGGCUUUGUGACUGUGGCUGAACCCUACAGCGGCUGCACUGAGAUCACAAACGCUGAGUACGUCCAGGGCCACAUCGCUAUUCUCCAGAGGGGUCAGUGCAUGUUUGCAGAGAAGGCCCGACACAUCCAGAAGGCCGGUGCCAUCGGAGGCAUCGUCGUCGAUGACAACGAGGGCAGCAGCAGUGACACGGCUCCCCUCUUUCAGAUGGCCGGGGACGGCCGCAACACAGAUGACGUCACGAUGCCUCUCCUCUUCCUCUUCCACAAGGAGGGCAACAUCCUGUUGGAGGCGCUGAAGGAGUACAGGGAGGUGGAAGUGCUGAUGAGCGACAAAGCCAGAGACCGAGGUGCGGAUGUGCAAGAAGCAGAGGAGGACUGCCUUACUGAGGCAACAACGCCCACCUCAUUCGAAUCCACCACUCAAACACAAACGAGCACGGUGGAGCUGGACGAAUCUGUUUCACAGGAGGAGGUUCCUCCAUCACAAGAAACAAGUCAAGCAGAGGAAGUUAUUCCAACGGAAGCGGAAGUUAGUCCCACCGAGGUGGCGGCUGAUUCGGCUCAGCCCAAAGAGGAGAGAGACUCUGACAAGAGAGACGAGGCUGAAGGCCACACAGACUCGAGCAGCCAGUCGGUGGACGAACUGCUGGCUGAUUGGCGGGAAGACUUGGAGGCUUUCCAGCAGAUGGAGAAGGAUGAGCUCUGACAGUCGUCGGGCUGCCGUACCCUGUGACUGAAGGACCUCCUGAAGGGAGUGCAUCGUCACCCCAGCCUCAGUCUGAUGAACUCUAAAUAACUGUGUCUUCUCUUGCCCUCUGUGGACGGUACCUCGUGCCAAGGCAGCGCACACUCUGUAAUUCUGGACCAUAACAAAGUUCUUUUUAGCCUGGUAGAUGAUGGAUGAGAGGCCAGGGUUCUUACCUCACAUUCUCAUGCAGUUCCUGUUCAAUCUGUCAUAACAAAACCUAGCGAAUGACAUGGAUCAGACUGUGUCCAAAUUACUUCUCACAUUGAUGGCCUCUAUGCAUUUCUGACUCCUUUUGCUCAAAUGAAUGCUGGUCCAACAACUGUGCUCUUGACUAAUUAGUCCAUCGACCAAUUCUAUUUUAACGUGAUGAUUAAUUGUGAUGAUGCAUUAACUGUUCUCAUGGUCUUGGGCCUAAUCAUUUGUAUUAAUGUGAGUUGAUUCAUGUGGGAAUCUGUGACAUCAAAUCAGCUGCAGGAUGUUUUUUUUCAUGGCUUUAUGGUAGACAAACUCGACACCAAAUCUCUCUCACUGGAGCAACAUAAAGUCAUCUGUCGGUGUAAAUAUGUAUUUGUCAAGAUGUGUCGAUUGAAACGAUGUAGUGCUGUUCGCUCAGGUUCUGGUUCUUCUCAACCAACAAACUCUGGACCACAUGCGGUGUAGCAGACACACCCUCAGCAGCACGGUGGGAUGGAUUACACACCCACGGGCCGCCACAGGGGGUCGCUAUGUGAUCUGUCUGUCAUGCUGUUCCUGCUAGCUGACUGGAAGGAGCAGGAAUAAGACAAUAUAUGAACAUGGUGAAAUUCAAUAAAAAUCAAGAGUGUGAAAUGAG